CUAUCGAAAUUGCUUCCAGCUCUAGUUCAAUACCAUCACAAGUCGAAAAGCAGCUAAAUUCUGUUGGUAAACAUACGUAAAAAGAGAUCUGGCAAUUAAUGCGCCAGCAUGCAACCAGUUGAUUGCAGUUUCCCAGAUAAAGAGAGCGAGAGCCUGGCCAAGAUUGAAUGGAUUUAGGGUUCAUCCGCAGCGAAAAGCGGAAAGCAAGCACCUUCUACUGCUGUUGAGUCAUCAGUUUUUGGUCAAAACAGCCACAGAACAAGGCCAUCAGUGGUUAGAACCACCCAUCUUACUACCUAGGCAAUAAGAGAGUCGCAGGUGAGCCACAGAGGCAGAGCACACACACCCCGCAGUAAGCCAAAAACCAACCCAUUUCGGCAGUAGCCCCAAUGGAGGACUACAAGUUCCUGUUCAAAAUCGUCCUGGUGGGCAACGCGGGCGUUGGAAAAACCUGCUUGGUGCGCCGCUUUACCCAGGGCCUGUUUCCGCCUGGCCAGGGAGCCACCAUCGGCGUGGACUUCAUGAUCAAAACUGUGGAGGUAGAGGGCGAGAAGAUCAAGCUGCAGAUCUGGGACACCGCCGGCCAGGAGCGGUUCCGCUCCAUCACGCAGAGCUACUAUCGAUCAGCCCACGCCUUGAUCCUGGUCUACGACAUUAGCUGCCAGCCCACAUUCGACUGCCUGCCGGACUGGCUGCGCGAAAUUCAGGAGUAUGCCAACUCCAAGGUACUCAAGAUUCUGGUGGGGAACAAGACGGACCGGGAUGAUCGCGAGAUACCCACGCAGAUUGGCGAGGAGUUUGCCAAACAGCACGACAUGUACUUCCUGGAAACGUCCGCCAAGGAGGCGGAGAACGUGGAGCGGCUGUUCUACGAAAUAGCCGCCGAACUGAUUGGUCAGGCACGAAGCAAAGAUGGCAGCGGUUCCGCUGCAGCGGCGGCUGCCCAGCGGCAGUCGGAGGGCAAUUCCAUCGGACUGGGAAGCCUCAGUGCCAAGGCAGCGCAGAGCAAUUGCUGUGGCGGACUCGCCAGCGGCGGCGGUGGCGGCGGCUCAAACUCUAGUCAAGCGGACUGAGCUGCAAACGGAACUGGAAACUGAGCAGCUAAUAUAUAUAACUAUAUAUAAGAACUAAUCGUGAUAUUCCAUUGAUCUUUUAUUACCAUCACAAGCUCCCCCAAUCUAACGACUCUAAUUUACUAGUUAUCCGACUUUUGUUCUAUUUCUAAGGUGCGAAGAAAUGUGAAAGCUGACUAAUUGACUAAUUGUGGACAAUCUGUUGAUCUUUUGUUAUCAUCUAUGAUUUUGUUAUUGUUGCUUUCACAAAGCAAAAUGUGUUAAACAAAUAAUUGGUUAGAUUCCACUCGACCAAGCAAUUCGUUAGAGUUCACUUCAACUGCAAUAUCCAGAAACAAUAGUACAGAAUUUAAGAUUGUAAUUAUUUAAUAUUGUUGGAUUACUACGUAUCAAGAUUUAGAUCUGUUUCUGUUAGUUGAGGGUCAAUCGUAAUAUUGCUUUGCAACUUUGAAAUAUUUUAAGCAAAGCGCUCUCAACUAAAACAAUUUUUUUUUUAUAAGUUUCACAGGAAACCUCCACCAUAUUUUAAAUUUAACACCUUUACUUUUUAGACCCCGAGUAUCACGAUUAAGAUCUACUGCAAAACUAGCUGAUAAUGACUAUGGAUGCUAAAUAUUUGUGUUACAAUAACUUCAUUGGAAGUGUCGUUUGUAAGCGCCUGAUUUUCUUUAUUAGUAUUACAGCAAAGUAUUGAUCCGAUUGUGGAUCAUUUACCAAUUGAGCAUCACAGCCAAUGCUUCAAAGAAUUUAUGAUAUCAACCAAGCUAUUCACACAAUUCGGUUUUAGUUCGAUUGUUUCUAAGGAGUAUUGCGUAUUUUAUACAUUACAUUUUUUGUAUACAUACAAUUUAUGCAUAUUUAUUUGCAACUAUUUUAAAAUAUUUUUAUGAUUAAUGUGCAAUUAUCUGUAAUACAAUUUUUACAUAGUACUCGUAAUAGUGUUUAAGGAGAUUUUAUGACAUUCCAAAAAUUAAACAUGUAGAAACUAUGGGAUAGGCCAGAGAUAAAUAAAAAAACGAAAUAAUCUA